AUGGCUUUACUCAUAUUAUUUUAUAUUACUUUACCAGGUCUUGAAGUCACAAUGGGGGGAGACACAUCUCUUAAUAAUACAAAUUUGUCACGCUUUAUGACUAUCUUGACCAUGGAAUCAUUGGACAUACCACAAUCCAGUGCUAUCUUUAUAUAUAUAUUUGGUAUCAUCACAUACUGCUUAAUCUUGUUAUUUCAGGUUUUGAUACUUGUGACUAUAAUCGUAAAAAGGGAUCUGCAUAAACCUAUGUACAUACUGCUGUUUAAUUUAAUCUUAUGUGAUUUUAUGACAACUAUGGGGUUUUACCCUCAAAUGCUUUGUACCAUAUUGUCUCAGAACAGAGAAAUAUCAUACAUUGCCUGUAUAGCACAAGGAAUCCUAUUUCACUUCUACAUAUGUGGGUCACUUUUAUUUCUCAGUGCUAUGGCUUUCGAUAGAUACAUUGCCAUUUGUAAACCUUUGAGAUACCACAAUCUGAUGACACAGAAUAACUUGUUAAAAAUGAUUUUUAUGGCCUGGUUCAUAACUUUUGGUUUGAUGGGGUCUGUAUUUGCACUAACAUUAAGCAAGACCAUUUGCAGGACAAACAUAGUGGACAUGUACUGCAAUAAUCCCUCUUUAAUGAAGUUAAGCUGUGAGGAUAUGACACUUGCUAACUAUUAUGGCUUGUUUACCUUAGCUAUUGGACAAGGCCCUUCCAUACUGUUAGUAUCAUUAACAUAUAUCAAAAUUCUAUUAACUUGUCUUUCUACUAAACAGAAAAUAUCUAUAAAUAAGGCAAUGCAAACUUGUGGGACACAUUUAGUUGUUUUUCUAAGUUUUGAGGUUAACACAUUUUUACUACUGGUUUCUCACAGGUUAGAAUCAGUAUCUCCACACUUAAGAAGGGCUUUUGGUGUUUCAGUCAUUAUCUUUCCACCAAUUUUCAAUCCUCUAAUUUAUGGGCUGAAAACAAAGGAAAUUCGGCAAACAAUAUUAACACUUAUAGAAAGAUUGCUUCCAUUUAACAGAAAACUAAGCUAA